AUGCUCGUCUCUAUCCUCCCCCUCUCCCUCACUGCAAUCCUAUCUGUCUCGGCUCUCACCAUCGAGGAACCCAACGCCAAAUCCAAGAUUUCCAAGGACAGCGAGUUCACUUUCCAGUGGACCAAGGAAGGCAGCGAAGACUUCAAGACCUUUGUGGUCAACUACAAAGCCAAGAAUAGCAACGAAAUCUUGGGAACCAUGACGCCGGUCAAUUUGGACGGCAACCCGCAGAAACAGGGUAUCUCAUUGAGCGGUUCAGUCUUCAAUGCCUUCAACUUCAAGGACUACAUUAUCGUUGCUCAAGCCAACAACUCCGCUGGCAAACUCGUCGAUGUGGCCGAGUCUAGCCUCUUCCGCGUCUUCAACACAAAAGCAGAAGCCGCUACCUUCACUGGAUUGACCCCAGAUGAGAUCAAGAAGAACACCCCAUCCACCUCAGCUACCACAUCGCCCUCUGCAAUCAGCACUACUGAUGUUGAUUCGUCUGAGCCAACCGGCACGUCUACCGCCCUUUCAGGUUCCACCACCCGUGGUCUCAACAGUCUUCGCUCACCCACCCCAUCGAGCUUGUCCUCGACCAUUACCAGCAAGUCUGCAGCUUCUAUCGUCCAAGCUGGCACUGCACUCCUGGCCGGCUCCUUGCUCCUUGCAGCCUCUCUCAUCUAA